AUGGUUGCGUGCUCCCCAGGCAUGUUUCUGGCUCCACUGCAAUUCCGCCACCUUCAGCAGUUGAAGAUUGCAGCCCUUCGUCGCCAUCAGAGCUACCUUGCCACGGUACGCCUGACGCCGGAAGCCAGGACGGAGCUGACGUGGUGGGCAGCAGAUCUAGAAACUUGGAAUGGUCGCUCGAUUCUCAAACCUCCCGCUCAGCUCACCAUAUUCUCCGAUGCGUCCCUGCUCGGCUGGGGAGCGGUGUGCGGCACAACGAGUACUGGGGGUCAAUGGUCCCCUACCGAGGCCAAUCUCCACAUCAAUGCUCUGGAAUUGAUCGCUGCCUCAUUCGCGGUGAAAGCCUUUCAUCACCGGGCCUCGUACCGUCCUCUGCACAUCAAGUUGUUGAUCGACAACACGACAGCCGUCAGCUACAUCAACCGCUUAGGCGGCACGCAUUCCCGUCUCCUGUCCCAGAUCGCUUGCGACCUCUGGAGAUGGGCGGUCCAACACGAUAUCCGCCUCCAGGCGGAAUAUGUGCCGAGCGAGGAGAACCCAGCAGACCAUCCUUCUCGGGGCUCCCUCUCCGAGUCCGGCGACUGGCGCCUGGACCCUGCUCUGUUUCGCAGGAUUCAGAGGGCAGCUCCUUGGAUUUUGGGUGCUUUAUCGUGUGGCCUCACUCCAUACUUGCCGGAUGAUACUGGUCGCACCAGUAUGGGAUACGCAGCCAUGGUACGCGACUUUGCUGCAGCUGUUGGUCGAUUUUCCCAUGCUUCUGCCCACAUUCGACUGCCUGCUACUCUCACCCUCGGACCAUCCACACCCACUGGUACUAUCCCGCCACCUGCGCCUCGCCGCAUGGCCUAUCUCCAGCAGCGUUUCAAUGCAGCAGGACUUUCUCCACAGGUCGUGCGACUCCUCUCCUCCUCUUGGCGGUCAUCAACCAAUGCCGCUUACGCAUCGGCAUGGGAGCAGUGGCUGGGCUGGUGCAGUCAACGGUCAGUGGAUCCCGUUCGCCCAUCUUUAGCUAUGGUGCUCCAGUUCCUGGCCGAUUCCUUUGAGGACGGCCGCAGCUACAGUACCCUGAAUGUCUAUCGGUCAGCGAUGUCUGCUACCCUGCCUGAGCUGGAUGGUACACCCAUUGGCCAGCACCCGUUGGUGGUGCGUUUGCUCCGUGGUAUCUGCCUAGAGCGUCCGCCGCAGCCGCGGUACUCACAUACUUGGGAUGUGGGUAUUGUCACUUCUUGGCUCUCUAAACUGCCUGCCAACACGGACCUGUCUCUCCCUGUCUUGUCUGGCAAGUUGGCCAUUAUGAUGGCCUUGACUGCUGCUCGGCGCUCUUCGGACCUCCACCGGCUAAGCCUCAACUCUCAUCGUUUCUCUGCCGAGGGCGUGGUGUUUGACUAUCUCACACCCCCUAAGCAGCAUCGCCCUGGUUCGGAACCAGCCCGACCUGUCACCUUUGCUGCCUUUCCUGUGUCUCCUGCACUCUGUGUUGUGGAGUGCUUCAGGGAGUACUUGCGUCGGACCGCCGACCUGCGGCAGGCAUCUUCUGCACAUCUGUUCCUCUGCACGAAGCGUCCGCAUCACCCUGUCACCUCUGCAACGAUUGCUCGUUGGAUCAAGCAGGUUAUGUCCAAGGCUGGUGUGGACACAUCAUUGUUUGGUGCCCAUUCCACUCGUGCCGCUUCUACGUCUGCUGCGAAGCGUAAAGGUAUGUCGACAGUGGACAUCAUGAAAUGUGCUGACUGGAGCUGCGCAUCCGUGUUCCAGCGCUUCUAUUUCAAGCCGUGGGAGGGUGAGACCAGCGGCUCUUCCCCAUCGGCACAUCAGCAGUUCUCCCGCUCCGUGCUUGCGCCGUAG